AUGAUCGAGUUUUGCGAUAGUUUGGAUAGUCAGAUGAAAGAGUUGUCGUCUGAGGGGAUUGGUGUUCACGUGAAAAAAGCCGAGCCGUUUUCCUACGAUGAAGAGGAAAUGCUGUGGCAAAAGGGUGCUUUCGGUACGGAUGAACCUCAAAAGCUUUUCACUACACUGUUGUUUUUGACUGGCAAAUGCUUCUGCAUCCGCGGUGGAGAAGCGCAUCGUGUUCUAAAGCCUUCCCAUUUCACAGUUAUUCCGACAAACAGCGAAUUAGAAUAGCUCCAAUUUACAGGUUUUGUUGAUAAGACACAUUAAGGUGGUUUGAAGCAUCGAAAAUUUGGUGCGAGGUUUGUUGAGUACCACGCGAGUGAGGUAAACGAAGAACGAUGUGUUAUCCACGUAUUUAAGAAGUACAUGACGAAGCGUGACAAAGAUGUCGACAGUCCAUUUGACGUGCUCUAUCUAAAACCGAAAAAAGUAAAAGAAGAAAAUGCUGUGUGGUAUUACAAAACGCCUGCUGGUUAUAAUACGCUGAGAAAAGUGGUCAAGAAUUUGUGCAAAGAAGCAGGUAAAAAAUAGUAAUGGAUUUUUAAACAUUGUGGCGCUUCUCUAGCUGCUACAAAUUAGUAUUAAAUAAUUUAUACUAGAUAGUUAGAUAGUAAAUAAUUUUUAGAAAAUAACGUAAACUAAUUAAAUCAAACUCCCACUGUCUUAAUUCCUAGGAAUACCGUGGUAUAAAACCAAUCACUCCUUGCGAGCAACUACCGCUACUCGUGGAGUUGACAUGGGAUCCCAGAAAAAUUGGUCAUGGAAACAAUGGUCACAGAAGUCUGGCGUCUCUACACUACUACCAACAUCCAAGUGA